AUGACAGAGUUUCUUCCACAGCAGAUCAUACAUAUUUCCUUGCUUCACCAGCUUUUGCGCAAAAAAUCCCCUUCUUGGUCUUCUGCGCAUACGUUGGCAGUUCAAGCUCUGAAGAAACUUUCUGCGAAUCUUCCCACUCUCCAUAUUCCCUGUACUGGAAAAAUAAUUUUACAAAUAGAUGCUAGUGAUACCCACUGGGGUGCAGUCCUCCUUGAAGAACAGACUCCAAACACCAAAAGAACUGUUUAUGGAUACAAGAGUGGAUCUUUCAAACCUUCUGAAGCCCAUUAUCAUUCUACUUUCAAAGAAAUCUUAGCAGUCAAGCGUGGCAUAGAAAAAAUCCAAUUUCAUCUGAUCAGACAUAAGUUCCUCGCUGAACUUGACAUGUCUAGUUUUCCAUGCAUGCUUGAAUUUUGA